UGGGGCGACUGCGAGACGGCAGAGUUCGAGGCCAGCCUGCGGCGCAUCACCUGCCACGGGCUCAUGGAGCUCUGCGCCGCGCUGGCGCAGCCGCCCGCGCCCCUGCUCGUCGCGACUGGAGCCGCCGAGCCGGGGGCGCCGGCGGGCGUGCCGGCCAUGGACGGCGCCGGGGCCCCGACCGGCGGCGGCGGCGGCGCGGAGAGCGAGGGGGCGGCGGAGGAGGAGCGCACCCCGCGCGUUGGCGGCGGCGGCUGCCUGUCUGGCGGCCGCGCGACGCUCACGGGCCACAAGCGCCGGCUCAGCGGGGCCUGA